UCAGGGGGAGGAGCCAGUGGAGGAGGAGGAGAGCAGCAUCCUUCAUGAGACAGAGAGGAGAGAGGAGGGACGAGUGUGAGGAGAGAGAUACGGAUAUAAAAAAGAAGAAGAAGACUGAUGGUUUCAUCUGAGGGACGGACGAGAGACACCGAGCGACAGACAGGCAGCGAGAGAGACGGGAGGCUUUAACUGUCUGCUAUCUGGGCCUCUAAGUGUGUGUUGAGGACCAUCAGCUGAUUGGACCACACAUGUUGGAGGGCGGAGCCAUGAUGGGCAAAGAUUACAUGUUGGCCAUCCUCAUAGUCAACUAUGACGACAACAUCUGGACGGACCAGAACCUGCAGCUUGAUCCAGAUCUUCCCUCUGGCUGGAGAACCAUUAAAGAUUCAACAGGAACGUAUUACUGGCACGUUCCCACUGGAGCCACCCAGUGGCAGCACCCCCUCCUCAGCCGGUCGUCCCAGCAGCUCGACACGCAGCUGGAUGACGUACAUCAGAGCUCCAACAGGGAGACAGACAUAAAACCGGAGACCAGGUCAUUGCGGCAUGAAGAUUAUCUCACACACCACAACCCCAACUCCAAGUGCUUUGCAGUGCGCUCUCUUGGCUGGCUGGAGGUGGAGGAGGAGGACCUGUCUCCUGGUCGCAGCAGUCUCGCUCUCAGUAACGUCAUCCAACAGCUGUCUCACUGCGGCAGCCCAGAGCAGAGAGACAGGCAAGGGGCCCGCGGGGAGGGUCAGGAGAUGAUGCUGGUACUGAAGAAGGACACUCUUACUCUUUUGGACCCUUUAGACCAUACCUCACUGCACUGUCAGCCAAUCAGUAACAUUCGUGUGUGGGGGGUGGGCUGCAACAACGGCAGGGACUUUGCCUUUGUAGCCGGGGAUAAGGACAGCUGUGUGUUGAAGUGUCACGUGUUUCGCUGUGAUGCUCCAGCCAAAGCCAUCGCCAUGGCGCUACACGAGAUGUGCUCCAAGAUAAUGUCUGAGAAGACGUCAAUGAGGCCGUCCCGCUCGCUGACGAUGGAGAGCAUCUCACCCGAAGACCUGCCCCGACAAGUGGAGUCUCUGGAGACGAUGAGAAAGCAGGUCCAGAAGUUUGAGGUCCGGUACGUUGGUAACCUGCCGGUGUCCAGAGCAAUGGGUAUGGAGGUAUUGAACAGAGCGAUAGAGAGCAUCAUGAACUCCACGGACAGAGACGAGUGGGAAGCGACAGUGAUCCACGUCACCGAUAACAUCUUGUCCCUGUGGCGGGGAGAGGAAGGGGAGGAGCCUCUCUGGGAGUGCCAGGUGCGUUUUCUCACCUUCCUGGGCGUCGGCCACGACAGCCACACCUUUGCCGUGAUAGUGGACGGCGGCACGCAGAGGUUCGAGUGUCACGUGUUCUGGUGUGAGCCAGAUGCGGGAAACCUGUCUGAGGCGGUGCAAGGGGCGUGUAUGGUCCAGUAUCAGAAGUGUCUGGUAGCUCAGACUCCGCCUCCGAGGACCAAGUCAUGGCGUGCGGCUUCGUCGAAGGUCAAGCGGUCAAACUCUGUGGACUCCUUCCCGCCUAUCACCUCCAAUCUCCAAGGCAACAGCAAUAGCAGCGGCGGCGCGAUGAUGCCGAGGAUAAACAAGGGCGACAGCGGUGUGAGGAGGGGGAUGCUGGCCUUCUUUGAAACUUUUCAGAAACAGGCCGCCAUCUCCUAAUGAAGGGACGGAGCCAACGGAGACUCGAGUCAUCAGGUGGCCGAUACUCCAGAACUGAAAUGGGUCUGGCUCAAAAUCACAGCGACAUCUGUGACAUCAUAAGGGUUGAAUCCUCUGGCCUCAUCCUGUUGCCUCCCCCUGUCUCCGGCUGUCGCUCUUGCCAUCUCUCGUCUCCAACCUUGGUCUCUUACUUUCGGCUUUUGUCACCUCUUGACGUUUCUCGCCUCCUCCACUCUUCCCCUACUGUCUCCUCUUGUCUACUACUAUCGACUUGACAUAUUGAAUUGUCUCCUACCCUCGUCUACUAACUCUUGUCUUGUUCUCUCGUCUCUUGUCGACUCUCAUUAUCGACGGCUGACGUCUCUCAGUAGUUAUUAGCUUUGCUUAACAUAGCUUAGCUUAGCAAAGGCUUCCUGACUGCAGGUUGAACAACUUCAAUGAAAGGUGUAAGGAUCCUAUCAAUAAAUCAGAAACAUCUGAAGAUAACAGAAACAAAAUUUUCAGGAGGAGUCAUGAACUCAGAGAAGAAGAAAAGCAUUGCUCACAUUCUGGCCAACAGAGGGUAGAAAUGUUGAUGUUUAUUCAUUUACCUGCAUUCUUCUUCUUGGCUUGUGUCACAUGGGACGGCCGGUAAGACGUUGCCAUGGUGACAGCUGCUAACAACAACUCAAAACGCAGUUCCUGAAAGAGAGAAAUCAACAACUAUACUCCUUUCCACGAGACGUUUUUCAGUUACCUGAUUCUUCGUCUCACAGAUGUUAUUGAAAGUACUUGAAUUACUAACAUAAGACUUUAAUUCAUUAAAAAGAAGCUUGAAUGAGCAGUAGAGUGCAGCGUGUGUUUGAAGUGUGCAGUAGAGGAACAAUCCAACGCAUUACUACAUUCAUCAAAACUUCAUCUUAGUGAAAGUCAACGGCAGUUUGACUCAUUGACUCGCAGUUUGCAUGUCGGCAUAAAUGAGAGCAUUGGAGGUCAUUGAAGGAGGAGCUAUGGAACGGGAAGUAGCAGCUGCCUCCUGAUUGGCUGCAGCGUCUAUAGAAGCUUCGCUGAGUUUAUGUCAGUCGGCAAAUCUCAGGCUGAGUUUUCUGUCUUUGUGUUUGUAUAGCUGAACUACUUUGGCAUCAAGCCAACCGAUGAUGUCAUGUAGAGACCAAAAAUAAACAAGGUACGACUUACACAA